AUGAGGGUACUCUUCACAAGUGAAAAACUUGCGGGAGUAAAUGAAUACCAUGUACGGAACUGUGUACACGUGUACGCAAUACCAUAUACGGAACAGUGUACACGUGUACGCAAUACCAUAUACGGAACUGUGUACACGUGUACGCAAUACCAUAUACGGAACAGUGUACACGUGUACGCAAUACCAUAUACGGAACUGUGUACACGUGUACGCAAUACCAUAUACGGAACAGUGCACACGUGUACGCAAUACCAUAUACGGAACAGUGUACACGUGUACGCAAUACCAUAUACGGAACAGUGUACACGUGUACGCAAUACCAUAUACGGAACAGUGUACACGUGUACGCAAUACCAUAUACGGAACAGUGUACACGUGUACGCAAUACCAUAUACGGAACAGUGUACACGUGUACGCAAUACCAUAUACGGAACAGUGUACACGUGUACGCAAUACCAUAUACGGAACAGUGUACACGUGUACGCAAUACCAUAUACGGAACUGUGUACACGUGUACGCAAUACCAUAUACGGAACAGUGUACACGUGUACGCAAUACCAUAUACGGAACUGUGUACACGUGUACGCAAUACCAUAUACGGAACAGUGUACACGUGUACGCAAUACCAUAUACGGAACUGUGUACACGUGUACGCAAUACCAUAUACGGAACAGUGUACACGUGUACGCAAUACCAUAUACGGAACAGUGUACACGUGUACGCAAUACCAUAUACGGAACAGUGUACACGUGUACGCAAUACCAUAUACGGAACUGUGUACACGUGUACGCAAUACCAUAUACGGAACAGUGUACACGUGUACGCAAUACCAUAUACGGAACAGUGUACACGUGUACGCAAUACCAUAUACGGAACUGUGUACACGUGUACGCAAUACCAUAUACGGAACAGUGUACACGUGUACGCAAUACCAUAUACGGAACUGUGUACACGUGUACGCAAUACCAUAUACGGAACAGUGUACACGUGUACGCAAUACCAUAUACGGAACUGUGUACACGUGUACGCAAUACCAUAUACGGAACUGUGUACACGUGUACGCAAUACCAUAUACGGAACUGUGUACACGUGUACGCAAUACCAUAUACGGAACUGUGUACACGUGUACGCAAUACCAUAUACGGAACUGUGUACACGUGUACGCAAUACCAUAUACGGAACAGUGUACACGUGUACGCAAUACCAUAUACGGAACAGUGUACACGUGUACGCAAUACCAUAUACGGAACUGUGUACACGUGUACGCAAUACCAUAUACGGAACAGUGUACACGUGUACGCAAUACCAUAUACGGAACAGUGUACACGUGUACGCAAUACCAUAUACGGAACAGUGUACACGUGUACGCAAUACCAUAUACGGAACAGUGUACACGUGUACGCAAUACCAUAUACGGAACUGUGUACACGUGUACGCAAUACCAUAUACGGAACUGUGUACACGUGUACGCAAUACCAUAUACGGAACUGUGUACACGUGUACGCAAUACCAUAUACGGAACAGUGUACACGUGUACGCAAUACCAUAUACGGAACUGUGUACACGUGUACGCAAUACCAUAUACGGAACAGUGUACACGUGUACGCAAUACCAUAUACGGAACAGUGUACACGUGUACGCAAUACCAUAUACGGAACUGUGUACACGUGUACGCAAUACCAUAUACGGAACAGUGUACACGUGUACGCAAUACCAUAUACGGAACAGUGUACACGUGUACGCAAUACCAUAUACGGAACAGUGUACACGUGUACGCAAUACCAUAUACGGAACAGUGUACACGUGUACGCAAUACCAUAUACGGAACUGUGUACACGUGUACGCAAUACCAUAUACGGAACUGUGUACACGUGUACGCAAUACCAUAUACGGAACUGUGUACACGUGUACGCAAUACCAUAUACGGAACUGUGUACACGUGUACGCAAUACCAUAUACGGAACUGUGUACACGUGUACGCAAUACCAUAUACGGAACUGUGUACACGUGUACGCAAUACCAUAUACGGAACUGUGUACACGUGUACGCAAUACCAUAUACGGAACUGUGUACACGUGUACGCAGAGAAAACAAACAUAA